AUUAAUUCCUUGUUUUUCUUACAGGAUCAACUAGGGGUGCCUUCUAAACACAUACACGUGGUGGGACACAGUCUGGGUGCACAGUUAGCUGGGUAUACAGGAGAAUACCUCAAGAGCCACGGUGCCAUACUCGGUCGAAUUACAGGUUUGGACCCAGCCGAGCCGUAUUUUGAAGGGACGGACCCGGUGGUGAGACUUGACCCAACAGACGCCGAGUUAGUGGACGUCAUACAUACGGACGCUGGACCUAUUAUAACUGGUGACAAGUACCAGCGUCGGAAAGACGUUACUGCAACCCCUCCCGCACUAGAUGAAGCACUCCACAUGUUCAGCGUAUCGGCCUCUCGAGCCAGCUCAGAGCUCACCAACGAAGAGACUGUUAGGAGACCUUGGGAUUCUUCAGCACACAUAGGGAAUCUUUCAACAGACCUAGGGAAUCCUUCAACACAUCUUUGGAUCAUUUUACAGACCUUGAGAUCCUUUAACAGACUUAAGGAUUCUUUUAAUAUACCUUGGGAAUCCUUCAACAUGCCUUGGGAAUCCUUUUACAGACCUUGGGAUCCGUUUUACAGACCUUGGGAUUCUUCAGCAGACCUAGGGAAUCUUUCAACAGACCUUGGGAAUCCUUCAACAUAUCUUGGGAAUCCUUCAACAUACCUUGGGAAUCCUUCAACAUACCUUGGGAAUCCUUUUGCAGACCUUGGGAUCCUUUCACAGAUUUGGGAUCCUUCCUUACUCAUGUCUCCACCAACAGGUUUAGGAAUACUUCAACCAUCCGGCCAUUUUGACUUCUACCCCAAUGGAGGUGUGAGAAUGCCUGGGUGUGGCGCCCACUUUGUUGAUGCGGUGGCCAAGGAACAGGGCAACAUUCCUUACGGUCUCCGUCGCUUCAUCGGAUGCAACCACAUCCGCUCUUAUGAAUACUUCACAGAAUCGAUCAACAGCGAGUGCCCCUUCCUGUCGAUAGAAUGUGGGUCGUGGGAGGCGUACUGGAAGGGUCUGUGCUGGGAGUGUGGGGACGACUGGUCGAGGUGCGCCAGGAUGGGUGCUCAUACUGACUCAUAUCUCAACUACUCCUUACCUGAUGUGCCACUCAAGAAGAUGUAUCUCAUUACUGGCCCUGACAGCCCUUUCUGUACACUUCAUCAUCGGGUGCGAGUCAUUAUGUCGUACACGGCGGCUGCCAGGCGACACGGGGGCGAUAUCGGCGUUUUCCACAUCACACUCUUCGGCCAACACGGAGCAUCACCCCGCCUUAAACUUAACCCAGAAGAGAUGUUCUUCGAGCCCGGUAACGUGUACUCGUACAUGAUCGGCACAGCAGACCUGGGCCACCUGCACUACGUGGUGCUCGAGUGGUCUUACGUCACCGCCUACUACAAUCCCCUAAGCUGGCGGCUACUCUCCAACCCCGUAGUGUACGUCAACCGUAUCCAUAUUGACUCCAUCGAAAUGCAGGAGAGGUACGAGUUUUGUGGGCUGGACAUGCCGUUUCAUUCUGGGACACAGAGGCAGCUGGAGUGGCAGGCUGGGUGUCCAGAGCAGGCGCCUCCUCCCGGGGCCUCUUUCCUGGGCACCAUUAUCAAUUUUGACGUGGAAGACACAAUCUCCAACAACAUCGACGCCGUCAAUAGUGGCCUUAACAGCCUCGGUAACGGUCAGUUUAUAAAUAAUCUGGCCUCGUCAGCCAACCAAGCUACAAGGGAGCUCAUGGAGGAUGCUAGGAGACGGAUGGGAACACGCUUCAGCAAGACGAGUAGUAUAAGUGAAGAAAGAAACCAGGGAACGUGGAAAGGUGAUAGAGAAGGGAGCUUUUCGUAGAGAUAGAUUAAGAAGAAACAUGGACAAAAUGGCAGAUAUCGAGCUUAUAAUUAAGUAGACAGGUAUACGAGUGCCCCCGUUAUUAUGUUUUUCUGUUAGUCCGCGAUCCGUGUAAAGGGAAAAUAUCUAAUGUAUAAAAAACAACCUUCACUGAAAUAUUGAACACCUCCGUUACAAUAUAUAACACCAACAUCACCUCCAUUACAAGAUAACACCAACUUCACCAGCAUCACAACAAAAUACCAACAUGACCUCCAUCACAACAUAACUCCAGCAUGACCUCCAUCACAACAUAACACCAGCAUGACCUCCAUCACAACAUAACACCAACUUCACCAGCAUCACAACAUAAUACCAACAUGACCUCCA